GAUGCUGCCGUUUGGGUGGAGACCGUUCAGCACCGCGGCCAAGGACAAGGCCCCGCCCGGGUCCAUAACCAUUGUCCCCAGCUUCCAGAUUUCUAAACAACCUCUCUCUCUUUCUCUCUCUCUGCACCUCCCCUUCACACACCCCACUUUCUUCUUUAAAGAGAAGGAAAAAAAUCCACCUGGCGCACCUGUCCUUUUUUCUUCUAUUUUUCAGAACCCUGGGCGGAAAGCGCGAGCGAGUUGGGCAGAUGCCGGCGGCCGCGGUGCAGGAAGCGGUCGGCGUGUGCUCCUACGGGAUGCAGCUCAGCUGGGACAUCAACGAUCCGCAGAUGCCUCAGGAGCUGGCCCUCUUUGACCAAUUCCGAGAGUGGCCUGACGGCUAUGUGCGCUUCAUCUACAGCAGCGAUGAGAAGAAGGCACAGCGUCACCUGAGCGGCUGGGCCAUGCGCAACACCAACAACCACAAUGGCCACAUCCUCAAGAAGUCGUGCCUGGGUGUGGUGGUGUGUACACAGGCCUGCGCCCUGCCCAACGGUUCCCGCCUGCAGCUGAGGCCGGCCAUCUGCGACAAGGCACGGCUGAAACAGCAGAAGAAGGCAUGCCCUAACUGUCAUUCUGCUUUGGAGUUGAUUCCUUGUCGAGGGCACAGCGGAUACCCCGUAACCAACUUUUGGCGGCUUGAUGGCAACGCGAUCUUUUUUCAGGCCAAGGGAGUUCAUGAUCAUCCAAGACCAGAGAGCAAAUCAGAGACAGAAGCUAGAAGAAGCGCCAUCAAGAGACAAAUGGCCUCUUUCUACCAACCCCAGAAAAAGAGAAUUCGAGAAUCCGAGGCAGAAGAAAAUCAAGACAGCAGUGGUCAUUUCAGCAACAUACCUCCCUUGGAAAAUCCAGAAGACUUUGAUAUAGUUACUGAAACCAGCUUCCCUAUUCCAGGGCAGCCUUGCCCUUCCUUCCCAAAGUCUGAUGUUUACAAAGCUACCUGUGACCUAGCCACCUUUCAAGGAGACAAAAUGCCACCCUUUCAGAAAUACUCAAGCCCAAGAAUCUAUUUGCCUAGGCCACCUUGCAGCUAUGAAUUGGCAAACCCUGGUUAUACAAAUUCAAGCCCAUAUCCCACCCUUUAUAAGGAUUCCACCGGUAUCCCUAAUGACACAGACUGGGUUCAUCUGAACACACUACAAUGUAAUGUCAAUUCAUACAGCAGCUAUGAGAGAAGCUUUGAUUUCACCAACAAACAGCAUGGCUGGAAACCAGCUCUUGGAAAACCCAGCCUUGUGGAGAGGACUAACCAUGGGCAGUUUCAGGCCAUGGCCACUCGCCCUUAUUAUAACCCAGAGCUUCCCUGCAGGUACCUCACGACUCCACCACCAGGUGCCCCUGCCCUACAAACCGUGAUCACCACCACCACUAAAGUGUCCUACCAGGCCUACCAGCCCCCUGCUAUGAAAUACAGCGACAGUGUGCGAGAGGUGAAGAGCCUUUCGAGCUGUAACUAUGCUCCUGAAGAUACUGGGAUGUCUGUCUAUCCAGAAGCCUGGGGUCCUCCGGUGACAGUCACCAGGGCAGCCUCUCCUUCAGGGCCACCUCCUAUGAAAAUUGCAGGAGAUUGCCGGGCCAUCAGACCCACUGUGGCUAUUCCCUACGAGCCAGUUUCCUCUAGGACAGAUGAAGCAGAGACUUGGGAUGUGUGUCUGUCUGGGCUGGGCUCUGCAGUCAGUUACUCAGACAGACUGGGUCCCUUCUUUACCUACAACAAUGAGGAUUUUUGAAAGACA